AUGCAACCAAACGACAAUCCUCAGUUAUUAAUGCCCAGUCCUCUGGCGCAAUCAUCAAAACGUCACUCACCACAGGACCAGGACCCCUGCGUGGAUAACUCCAAACGUCAACGGCCCAAUAUCGACAAAUCAACCCAAGAGCUUACCUCCAGUGACGUGACUGGAUCCCUGGUGUCCAGUUUCAAAUUGGAUGAAAUCCUCCAUUCGACGAACACAGACAACGUGGAAUUCUCUCAGAGUUCCUUCGACCCUUCUCCACGAGAGCCUGAAGACCCUUAUGACGACCCUUUCGAUGAUCCCGAAUUAGAUCAAUGUCUCGAGAGUCUCAUUGGAUCUAUCCCCACGGGAGGCUCUAGGUCUUCACUGUAUUUGGAUGACACAGACGAAUUCGAUCUGAAACAAUCCGACAAAGAUGCUCUGGAGGAGCUUCUGAAACAGGGUACUUGGCAAGAGCCACCAUCAAGUGUUCUUCGUACAUUGAGUCGAAACUCACAGUCGGCGGACGAGUAUGACCCACAACUGCAGCGUUCCUCGCCGCGCUCUUCUUCGUAUAUACCAGGAUCCAGUAUCGGAUACACCCCGUUGUCAGAAGAAAUAGAUUGGAGGGCGGUUCGAGAGCACACACGCCAGGAACCAAUGCCUGUGUCAACAAUUGGAAUUUCCACUGCAAACAGGAGCAAACUCCCCGAGCAUGAAUCACGAACGGUUGAGCAAAAAACUUGGAUCGGUUCCCAAUCUCGAUCCUCACCGCCCACAAAAACUCAUACUUCCUCUAUAUUCACUGGCCAACUACUGUUAAAGCCUUUCAAAACGUUUUUUGAUCUACAGGAACUUUUAGAUGCUAAAGCACAAAUAUUCCGAAAUCAGUCCGAGAUUAUCUUCGAACUGUUUGCUCGAGUAACCUACUCGAGUCGCGAGAACUUUCACAAGAAGCAGUACUUUCGCUUUCGAAGUCUGCUCAAGGAGUGCCCGCCUUAUCUCAACGGUGCUCUCCUGGGCUAG